AGAGGAAGGAAAGGACAGUUGUGUCUCAGCUACUUUAAAUAUGUAUCAACCACAGAACUGACACUUAGUAACAGUUCCCACACACUACCAGUAAGUUGACUCACUGUACAAGACCUCUCCCCUUCACUUCACUCUACUGCAGGGUGGGAGGUGCAACAAUGGUCAUGAGAACAGCAGGAAGUGUGUUGGUGGUCUUUCUCUGGUCUGUAGCAGUGGUACUGGGUCAGAAUGGCUGGAGUGUUACAUACACCACUCAGAGUAUCUGUACCUUGAAGGGGUCAACAGUGGAUCUGUCCUGCUUUAUCAGAUAUCCCAGUUGGCCUAAAGUCAAAACAACCUUCUGGUUCACCAAAAUGUAUGAUGUGGAGAAUUAUGUAAAUCUGAAAGAUGACCCAGUCUACCAAGGUCGUGUGACGUACCGUAGUGAUAAGACGAAUGGCCACACCCUGAGAAUCACAGACCUGAGAGAAAGUGACUCAGCUGAGUACAAAUUCAGAUUUGUAACAGAUCAGACUGGAGGGAAAUAUACUGGUGAUCCUGGAGUCACUCUGUCUGUUACAGACCUGCAGGUGAAGGUGACCACUACAUGGUGGUCAACGACACUGACCUGUAGCACCACCUGUACUCUGACUGGUAACCCCACCUACAUCUGGUACAGGAACAGUAAGAUUGCGCAAAAGGACCCCUCCCCCUCAUACUCAUUGUACUUAAAAACUGAAGACAGCUUCUACUGUGCUGUAAAAGACAUCAAUUCUCCUGCAGUGUACGGCCCAAAGAACACCUCAGUGUCAGUCAGUCCCUCUGGUGAAAUAGUGGAGGGCAGUUCAGUGACUCUGACCUGCAGCAGUGAUGCCAACCCACCUGUGGACAAAUACACCUGGUACAAGAAGAACGUAACCUCACCAAAAGCAUCAGGACAGAGGUACAGCAUCACUGACAUCAUCUCUGAGGACAGAGGAGAAUAUUACUGUGAGGCCCAGAAUAGAAGAGGAUCUAUGAACUCUACAGCUCUGAUGAUCAUUGUAGCAGGGAAACCAACCUCCUUUGUGACUGCAGCUGUAGGAAGCAUAGUGGUUGUUCUGGUUCUCAUCCUCUGUCUCUCUGGUUUCAUGUGGUUCAGGAAGAAGGCCUCCAAAUCCACCUCUGACACAAGAGACACAUCAGAGAAUGUACAGGGAGACUCUAGUCCAGUGUAUGACAACAUCUCAGGCAUGGCCAUGACCUCUACUGCAGCACAGACAGAGUCCACAGACAACCAGGAUUAUGUUCACUAUGCCAGCGUCCACUUCUCUGGCUCCAAAAACCAGGAAGUGCCUCUGUACUCCACCGUCCAGCUGCCUCAGCCCCAGAUUCAGGACGAGGAUGUCCAGUAUGCUGCUGUGAAAUUCAGCCGGCCCCAGUGCUGCCACCCGGUGAAUAUUUUCUGCCAUUACAACAGAGUCAAUACUAGAACACUGAACUCACAGACAUCAUCAAGGGCAUUCAUAUGCUGCUGUUUAUUGGAAGAGUAGACAAUGUCAUCAAUAAGCAAAACAGUUGACCCCCUAGUGACAACUCAUUGUUCCCUGAGAUCUCCCUCCAUCAAUAGCUGAAGCACAGGGGGAUGGUGGCACCUUAAUUGGGGAGGAUGGGCUUGUGGUAAUUGCCGGAGCAGAAUAAGUGGAAUGGUAUAAAAUACAUAAAACACAUGGUUUCCUUUCUAUUUGCCUCGUUCCAGCCAUUAUUAUGACCCGUUCUCACCUCAGCAACCUCCUUCAGGACAAAGUGCAUUUCCUUGAACUCAUGAUAUGGUGGAACAAUGGACAUUUGUUGCACUCAGGGUUGUGGUCAAUUCCAUUUCAAUUUAGGAAAAUUCCAAUUCCAAUUGUUCCUCAUUGAAAAGCAUUGAGAAAAUAUGACAUUUCAGUUUACUUCCUGAAUUGAAAUGUGUUUUAGUUGUGUCUUUAGACUAAACUUUAGCAAAAGACAAUCUGCACAAGACUAUACAGCUGCACUCUUAUUUGAUUUGAUGUAUGACAUUAACUUGGCGUUGAUAUCGAGACUGUCAAGUAUGAUAUUAUAACGCUUUUUAAUCACUUAUCUAAAUGUGUUUCUUACUUUUUGUCAAAUGUGAUGAGUGGCCAGUGUUUGUUUAUCCAUGAGAAAAGGUUAAUAAAUGCUUUCACCCUC